UAAAUCGCCACACAUGUUGAGUCGGUGACGUCAGGCCGCCGAAAUUUGGCUCUUUGCCGCGAACCGAAAUACUCUCCCGAUCGGGCCUUCGAGCCGGUGGAGCAAAAAAUUUGCAAAUAAUUGUCCCUCUCCAAGGUCUCUUCCAGCCAAUUGCAAUAUGGACGAGACGGCGGCUGAGGGAGGCGCUCAGGGCAUUGCCAGGGCCGUGCAGGUGGUGCUGGCCAAGGAGGACCACACGUUUGAGCUGGACGAGCAGGCCCUCGAGGACAUUUUGAUGCAGGACCAUGUCAAAGACCGGCAUGUGGUGGUCGUCUCUGUGGCCGGCGCCUUCCGCAAGGGAAAAUCCUUCCUGCUGGAUUUCUUCCUGAGAUACAUGAAUGCGCAGUGCUUGCAGGGCGCUGAAGACUGGUUGGGCGAGGAGGAAUCGCCUCUGGACGGAUUUUCUUGGAGAGGAGGCUCAGAAAGAGACACCACUGGCAUUCUCAUGUGGUCUGAAGUCUUCCUUGUUGAUCUCCCUUCGGGGGAAAAGGUCGCUGUCAUUUUGGUGGAUACGCAAGGUGCUUUUGACAGUCAGAGCACGGUUCGGGACUGCGCCACCAUUUUUGCCCUAAGCACCAUGACCAGCUCGGUUCAGAUCUACAAUUUGUCUCAGAACAUCCAGGAAGAUGAUCUUCAGCACUUGCAGCUUUUCACCGAGUACGGUCGACUGGCCUUGGAAGACUGCGGCGACAAACCUUUCCAAAAGCUGCAGUUUUUGAUCAGAGACUGGAGUUUUCCUUAUGAGGCUGACUAUGGUUCCGAUGGAGGGAAGAAGAUCUUGGACCGCAGAUUGCAGGUCUCGGAAAAGCAGCACCCUGAGCUGCAGUCGUUGCGGAGGCACAUUAGGUCCUGCUUCUCGGACAUAUCUUGUUUCUUGAUGCCCCACCCUGGCCUUCGAGUAUCCACAAAUCCCAAUUUCGAUGGCAGGCUCAAAGACAUAGAGACUGAUUUUAAAAAUCAGUUGAGUAUUCUGGUGCCCCUGCUGCUGGCACCUGAAAAUUUGGUCGUAAAAGAGAUUAGUGGACAAAAAGUCAAGGCCAAGGAACUCGUUCAAUACUUCAAGUCCUACAUCCAGAUCUAUAAGGGCAGCGAGUUGCCAGAGCCCAAGUCCAUGCUUGAGGCCACUGCAGAGGCAAACAACUUGGCUGCCGUGGCUGGUGCUAAGGAGAUGUAUCACACAAUGAUGGAGGGCGUCUGUGGAGGCGCCAAGCCUUUCCUGGGCACAGAUCACCUUGACGCCGAACACCUGCGAAUUAAGGAAAAGUCCAUGGGUGUCUUCAAGAGCAAACGCAAGAUGGGUGGCGACGAGUUUUCCGAAAGAUACAGAGAAAAGUUGGAAGAGGACAUUGAUGAGUUGUACGGCCAGUUCAAGUCACACAACGAAAGCAAAAACAUUUUCAAAGCCGCGAGGACGCCGGCCGUCUUCUUUGUGAUCGCAGUUGCCUUUUACAUCUUGUCAGGAAUCUUCGGCUUGGUCGGCCUCUACUCAUUGGCAAACCUGUGCAACCUGAUCAUGGGCACUGCCCUGCUCACACUUGGCCUCUGGGCUUACGUCAGAUAUAGCGGUGAAAUGAGAGAAAUUGGCACGCAGAUCGAUGAACUAGCAAACGCGCUUUGGGAAAAUUUUAUGAAGCCGGUUUACGUUCAGUGCAUGGAGACUGGGAUACAACACGCGGCUCGGCAAGCAACACAGCAGCUCGCAGGCCCUGCCGAGUCAGGCAACCGAACCAGCGUCGCCACUGUGAGGACGGCGGUGAAAGCUCAAAAGCCCAAUGGCAAGGUCAAGAAUUCGUGAUCCCUGCCAUUUCUGAUCUACCAAUCACCAGUGCCUCUUUCGGAAAGAUAGGAUGUAUAAAAUUCAAAAGUCCGACUGCCUAUUUUGUCCGGAGUUUUCUCUCUAUCCCUGUCAGUCCCUGCCCCCAUUCUUAAUGAUUAAUUUAUUACUUCUUCCUUUUUUAAUAUACUCUGCACUCUUGUUUUAAUUUUAAUUAUGCGUAGGCAAUUUUUUUUCCUUUUGUACGGCGUGUGUCAAUCAUCUUGUGGAGGUUUAUUGUUAAUUGUUUGCCAUAAUUGUCUUCCCCGAUUGAUCAGUCGAAGAAGUUGUCACAAUUGUUGCUCACGGAGAAGUGCAAGUCGCUUACCUACCAGAAACUGCGAACCCAAUUCAAAAUGAAUUAAAAAAAGUAAAUAGAGCCCCUGAAAGGCUCGUUGACCAGUUCAUCUUCCUUUCAAGUACCUUCAAAGAAAUUCAGCGUGCCAAUGUACAAAGAGAGGAGAAAGAAUUAAUUAUUAUAUUGAAGGAAGCUUAUUAUAUUAAUUACGGAAAUAUUAUAUUUACACUGAGUACAUUGAAGUGUGAUUGUUAUAUAUGCGAAGAGAUUAAUGAUCAAACAACUACUUUCUCUCAGCAAACUGCUGGUCCCAAAGGUUUGAUUCCUCAGGCAACGCCAAUUGAAUUGCAGCACUUGUUGCCAAGAAAUUAUUUUUGCAUCGUCAAAAAAAAAAGGAAAAAGUAUUUUGGAUGGUCUUGGUGAACACAACCAGUUUUUGUAUCACACACUCAAUUCGCGCGAGUCUUAUGUUUAAAUUUAAAUGUGGUGAAGUAAAUCGCUAAUACUUUAAGUCUUUUCCUUGUAAUUGUUGAAAUCUGCGGUUAAUAAAAUGUUUGUUAAAACAAAAAUGAUGAAUUCUAUGUUAACUUUCACGAAACUUUCUAUAAAGUAAGGC